ACUCAAAACCGAUAAAAGUAAUCAGUUAUACCGCAAUUUCUUCAUUCUCUAGACCAUUUGCUGUCGACGUAACCACCGCAUCAUCAUUAACUUUUACAUAUUAAUAAAAAAUAAAUUUUCUCAUGAUGUUGAAAAAAACCGGGCACUUAAUAAAACAUGUAAAAUUAAUUAGACACUUUAGUAAUGAGGCCUUCGUCAUCGGAACUAGACCAGAUGUCGAAUCUCCAAUGUAUCAGGAGAAUUAUUAUGAAAUGAAAAAACUUGUUGACACUUUGAAAUCGACGGUUCAAACGAUCGUUGAAGAUGCCGGUGGACAGAAAGCACGGGAGAGACAUACGAGUAAAGGAAAAUUGCUCCCUCGAGAACGAAUCGAUGCUCUAGUGGAUCCGCAGUCUCCGUUUUUGGAAUUUUCACAAUUGGCUGGCUACCAAAUGUAUGAAGAUCCUGUUCCAGCAGGAGGAAUUAUCACAGGAAUUGGUCGUAUUGAAGGGCAAAAAUGUCUUAUAGUAGCGAAUGACGCAACAGUAAAAGGUGGAACCUAUUACCCGAUUACUGUAAAAAAACAUCUACGAGCCCAAGAAAUAGCAAAAGAAAAUCGUCUUCCCUGCGUCUAUUUAGUCGACAGCGGCGGCGCGAAUCUGCCUCAUCAAUCUGAAAUAUUUCCGGACAAAAAUCACUUCGGUAGAAUUUUUUACAACCAAGCAAACAUGAGUGCCGAGGGAAUUCCCCAAAUCGCAGUAGUGAUGGGCAGCUGCACAGCCGGGGGUGCCUACGUACCGGCGAUGGCUGACGAGAACGUAAUCGUCGGUAACCAGGGGACUAUAUUUCUUGCUGGUCCACCACUGGUACGAGCUUCCACUGGGGAAAUAGUGACUGCUGAAGAGUUGGGUGGAGCUGCACUCCAUUGCCAAACUUCUGGUGUGACGGAUCACUUUGCCGUCGACGACACCCAUGCGCUUCAUAUCGCGAGGAAAAUCGUCAAAAGCUUGAACCCACAGUCGACGGAAAUCAACGUCAGCUCGACGAUUGAUGUUCCCGAGCACAACAUCGACGAAAUUUACGGAAUCGUCGGCGCAAAUUUGAAAAAACCCUUCGAUGUAAAGGAAAUAAUCGCGAGAAUCGUUGACGGCUCGCGGUUUUUUGAAUUCAAACAACAGUUUGGCGCCACAUUGAUCACGGGGUUCGCUCACAUUCAUGGUUACCCUGUUGGAAUUGUUGCCAAUAAUGGAGUUCUGUUUUCCGAAAGCGCGUUGAAAGGCGCGCACUUUGUCCAGCUCUGUUCGCAGAGGAAAAUUCCACUGAUUUUCCUCCAGAAUAUCACUGGAUUCAUGGUGGGAAAAGACGCAGAGGCUGGAGGCAUUGCCAAAAAUGGGGCGAAAAUGGUGACCGCUGUUUCUUGUGCCAGAGUUCCGAAAAUAACUGUGAUAAUUGGCGGGUCAUAUGGCGCGGGAAAUUAUGGGAUGUGCGGAAGGGCUUACUCGCCGAGGUUCAUGUACUCGUGGCCGAACGCGAAGAUCUCGGUGAUGGGAGGCGAACAAGCUGCUGGUGUUCUGGUUCAAAUAGCGAAGGAACGACGACAGAGGGAGAAUAAAGUGUGGAGUCAAGAAGAAGAAGAUAAAUUGAGGAAGACUAUCACUGAGCGAUUCGACGCUGAAGGCAGCCCUUAUUAUUCUUCCGCCAGAUUGUGGGAUGACGGCGUAAUUGACCCAGCAGACACGAGAAUGGUGAUCGCGAUGAGCUUGGCUGCGUGUCUUAAUGCCCCGAUCCCCGAAACCAACUUCGGAAUCUUCAGGAUGUGAAGAAUUAAAGUUCAGAAGAACGACGAGAGGAAUGAAGAUAAGACCAAUGACAAGAGAAUAAAAAUAUUUAAUGGGCAGUGUGAUGAGCUGGAG